GAAGAAAGCCCGGAAGUAUGCAUCCUCUAGCCGUACCUAAUGAAAUUGUCAACAUUCCCAGCGGCAUUUGAUCAUAUCUCGUUUAAAUCGUGUGCGUUUCGCCGCUACGCUUCGAAAUGGAAGAAGACGACGAGAGGCUGCGGCCCUUGGUGUUUCUUAUGACCUACAUGCUGCUAAAACGCCGCAGAGACCUAAACAACACGGAUGUACAGCGGCGCAAUGAGAUCCAAAGACGCCUGAGACAGCGACAGUACUUCUUCCAGAGGCAGAGGAGAAUGAUGAUGAUGAUGAUGGCGGGGAGCAUUCGCUCCAAUGCUCAUAUACGCACGCGCCCUUGGACCACCGUCCCCAGCACAGACUGGUGGGAGCGAGUCGUGAUGACAGAAUUCCAGCCCUCCGACUGGCUGGACAAGUUCCGAAUGAGCCGGGAGACCUUCUUCUACCUUUGCGAGAAGCUGCGCUCCCGCCUAACGCGUCAGGACACCAGCUUCCGCCUGGCGCUGCCCGUGGAGAAGCGUGUAGCAGUGGCACUGUGGCGCCUGGCAUCCAAUGUGGAGUACCGUACUAUCAGCGCCCUGUUCGGUGUGGGCAAGUCCACCGUGUGCAAGUGCGUGCGGGACAUGUGUCACAGCAUCGUGGCGCUGCUCCGUCCUGACUACCUACGAACCCCCGCCGAGCCCGAGCUGGAAGAAUCGGCUCGGCUGUUCUUGUCCCAGUGGGGCUUCCCGCACUGUGUUGCCGCUGUGGCCACGUUGCACACAGCCAUCAUCACGCCGUCCAGCAAUGCGUCUGACUACAUCAACCCCGCCGGCUGGCUCUCAGUGCUGUCUCAGGUGACUGUGAACGGUCGUGGUCAGAUCUGGGACAUGUGCGCCUGUUUCCCCGGGGGGAUCGAGCCGGCGGAGAUCUUGCAGAAGUCGUUGCUCUGGACCACGGCAACGGAGGGAGGACUGUCGCCGGUGCCUCCGUCUUUCUUCAUGGGAAGACAACUCGGCUACGUGCUGCUGGGCGAGCCGUGCUACCCGCUCCAGAGCUGGCUCCUGAAGGCCUACCCGGAGAAGCGGGGCUCACGGGCCAACCCGGCAAUGCCCAGCGAGCGCCAAAACCUGUUCAACCGGCGGCUGCGGCGUGCCCGUCGUGUGGCCCAGGAGGCAUUGUUGCGGCUCAAGGCACGCUGGCAGUGCCUCAGCAAGCGCAAUGACUGCGGCCUGGACGUGGUGCCCACCAUGAUCCGGGCAUGCUGUAUUCUGCACAAUGUGUGCGAGUCGCACGGCGAUGCCUUCAAUGGCGAGUGGCUGGCCGAGGUGGCCGAGGCAGAGAGCCCGCAGCCCGCCUACGCCGAGGCCGACGCUGACACAGAGCAGAGUUGGGGGGAGGAGGUGCGAGAGCUCUUCUGUGACUAUUUUCAACAGAAUGACUGACUCAAAUGAACUCCUACAUGUGGAAGUCCUACAGUGGUGUCAAAAAGUAUUGGCUUCCUUGUCCUUAAAUCAUGAAUUGUGGCUAGUCACAAUUUUUGGUGAAUUUUCACUGAUCACACACAAGCCUCAUUACUUCCAGACUUGUUCAAUCAAGAAAUGACUUAAACAGAAUAUGUCCCGAAGAAAUCAAUUCAGACAAAAGAUCUAAAAAAAAGCUGCAACAAAAUGACUGAUCCAAAGAAAUUCCAGAACAGUUGAGAAAUAAAUUAAUUGACGUCUGUCAGUCUAGAAAGAGUUACAAAAGCCAUUUCUAAAGCUUUAGGAUUUCAGCGAACCAUAGGGAGAGCCAUUAGCCUCACAUGGAGAAAACAUGGAACAGUGGUGAACCUUCGCAGGAGUGGCCGGCCCACAAAGAUUACCCCAAGAGAACAACCAUGACUCAUCCAGGAGGCCACAAAAGAACUCAGGACAACUUCUAAAGAACUACAGGCCUCCGUUAAGGUCAGUGUUCAAGACACAACAAUCAGGAAGAGACUGGGCGAAAAGGGCGUCCGUGGCAGAGUUCCAAGUCAAAAAUCACUUCUGACCAAAAAGAACAUAAAGGCUUGUCUUACUUUUGCAAAAAAAAAAAAAAAACAUCUCAAUGAUUCCCAAGACUUUUGAGAGAAUAUUAUAUGCACUGACGAGAUGAAAGUUUGGCAGGUGUGUGCCUCGUUGCAUCUGGCGUAAAUGUAGCACAGCAUUUCAGAAAAAGAUCAGCAAAUCAUCAGUCAAACGUGGUGGUGGUAGUCUUGGGCUGCUUUUUUUUUCUUUCAGGACCUGGACAACUUGCUUUGUGUGUUUGUGUGUUGUUUGCGACUUUAAGCUCAAGUGCACUUGGGUUCUGCAGCAGGAUAACAAUCCAAAACACACCAGCAAGUCAACUUCCGAAUGGCUUGAAAAAACUAAAUUAAGGUUUUUUUGUUUGAUGAUCUUAAAUAUUAAAGUGGGGAAACUAUACAAAAGUAUAAGAAAUUGUGAAGGGGGCCAAUACUUUUUCAUGGCACUGUACUUGGAAACAUCCUAAGUUCCUAACCUCACGUUUUGACCACAAUGUUGCUCCACAUUACUUUCGCUCCAUCUGUCUCCAAGCAAACUGACUGCAUUGCUCACAAGAAUCUUGUGAGUGACACCGAAAAUUACAUAAUCAUUAACCCUGACAGGGUUUCAAAUUAAAGUUAAUGGUGAAGUUUUUGCACAGGGGUUAAUGCUAGCAGGCUUAGCUGCUUAGCUAAUUUGUCAAGAAUUCAAGAUGUCACCACAUUGCCACCAACAAUAACAAUAGCUGAUGUUUAGGCUUUGUUUGUGUUAACAUAUAUUUGUAUAAAUAAAGGAUACACGUGGUUAACUUUUGACACCAGCCAUAAAGAAAACCACAUUUCAGCAUGUUCGACUUCAAACAAUCAUGUCAUCAAUCUCAGUUAUGCUCGUUACGUAGCAUACACAGGAAGUCAGCUGUCCCAUUUUCCAGGUUUGGUCACGUGAUGUUGCACAUUUAGCGGCAUUGAUAAUGUUACACUUGAGACGAUGUGAGUCCUACGAUACAAGCCCGGAAACAAUGAGUCCCAGCCCUUGAACAAUGAGUCCCUGCAACUUAUC